UGCCUCACGGGCGCGCCCUCCUGCCCCUCCGCUGCUUUCCUCCCUCCCAGAGCGCCCCGCCCGGGCGUCCCUUCUAGUGUCCGCUGCGCCCUCCCGGAGGCACCGUUUGCAGCGGCCUUGCGAUGUCUCAGCCAGGCCAGAAGCCCGCUGCCUCCCCGCGGCCCCGGCGCGCUGCAGCGGCCCGCCAUACCCAGGAGCAUGUCAGUGAAAUAACCAGUGGCUCGCCUUCCAAGUCAGGAGAAAAGAAAGGACCAGAUGAGAAAAAAACAACAAGCCUUGACAGCAGUCAGCCUUCCAGAAUCCACGCUGGUGGAACAGCCCCGGCCACCAAGGCGUCAACUUCUUCCGCCUCCACCAGCAAGUCGUCCAGUAUGAAUCCCACAGAAGCCAAGGCUAUUCCAGUCAGCGAACAGAUGGAACAACAGCAUUCUCCUGACAAGAAAAGACACAGAAAACAGGCUGCAAAAACAGAAGCCGAAAAGAAGUCACAGUCAACGAAGCCAUCUGUAGUUCAUGAGAAAAAAACCCAAGAAGUAAAGCCAAAGGAACACAAAGAGCCAAAAAGCCUGCCCAAGCACGCAUCAGAUACAGAAAGCAAGCAUGUUCAUAAAGAACCAGUGUCCAAAUCAAGUGAACAGCCGACAUCCGAGAAAUCCACAAACCCAAAGACUAAAUCACAGGAUGCGAUUUCUGCCGGCGGGGAGCCGGUUGUUGCUGGUGUAGCUGCAGCAUCCGCCACACCGGCGAAACAGAAAAAAGAAAAGAAAUCGUCAACGUCAGCUGUACCAGUUGAAUCCAAACCGAGUAAACCAUCUGGGAAGUCAGACAUGGAUGCUGCUUUGGAUGACUUAGUAGACACCCUAGGAGAACCUGCAGAAACUGAAGAAGAUAACACAGUGUAUACUGGACCUGAAAUUUCAGAUCCAAUGACUUCUACCUACAUAGAGGAAUUAGGUAAAAGAGAAGUUACACUUCCUCCAAAAUACAGGGAACUUUUGGCAAAAAAAGAAGGUAUCACAGAGCCUCCUCCAGACUCCUCGAAACCCAUGGGGCCCAAUGAUGCCAUAGACGCUUUGUCGUCUGACUUCACCUGCAGUGCUCCUACCCCUGGUGGAAAUAAAGCAAAGGAAGAGAAAUCCACAGGAGAAGAGGUUUUAAAAGCUCAACAAGCCACGGCAAUCAAAAGUGCUGCUUCAUCCCAAGAGAAAAAAAGAAAGGCAGAGGAGCAGGACGCAAUGAGUGACGAAGCACUGGAGGCUCUUUCAGUGUCGCUGGGCAGCCGGAAGCCAGAACCCGAGCUCGACCUCAGCUCCAUUAAGGAAGUCGACGAGGCAAAAGCCAAAGAAGAGAAACUAAAGAAGUGUGGUGAAGAUGAGGAAACCGUCCCAUCAGAGUACAGAUUAAAGCCAGCCACGGAUAAAGAUGGAAAACCACUAUUGCCAGAGCAUGAAGAAAAAUCCAAGCCCCUGAGUGAAACAGAACUCAUUGAUGAACUUUCAGAAGAUUUUAACCAGCCUAAAAGUAAAGGAAAACGACCUAAGCCAUCUGAAAAAACAGAAGACUCUCAGGCUGCUGCCCUAACUCCCGUGAGCGAGGCCGUGUCUCGGACUUCCCUGUGUAGUAUACAGUCGGCGCCGCCCAAGCCACCCACCUUGAAAGGCAUGGUGCCAGACGAUGCAGUAGAAGCCUUGGCCGGCAGCCUGGGGAAAAAGGAAGCAGAUCCAGAGGAUGGAAAGCCCGUGGUGGAUCAAGUGAAGGAAAAAGCCAAAGAAGAGGAUCAUGAAAAACUUGGUGAAAAAGAAGAAACAAUUCCUCCUGAUUAUAGAUUAGAAGAGGCCAAGGAUAAAGAUGGAAAACCACUCCCGACAAAAACACCCAGGGAAUCGCUUCCGGCCAUGAGUGAGGACUUCCUUCUGGAUGCUUUAUCUAAGGACUUCGCUGGUUCCCCAAACUCUGUACCUCUUAAAUUUGAAGAUGCUAACCUUUCUGCUGUCAUCUCUGAAGUGGUUUCUCAAACCCCAGCUCCUACCACACACUCUGCUGGCCUACCCCCUGACGCUAAGCAGCGUGAUAACAAAGAACUGGACGAUGCCCUGGACCAACUUUCUGACAGUCUAGGACAAAGGCAGCCUGACCCUGACGACAACAAACCAAUGGAGGAUAAGGUCAAGGAAAGAGCUAAAGCCGAACACAGAGACAAGCUGGGAGAAAGAGAUGACACCAUCCCGCCUGAGUACAGGCACCUCCUGGACAACGACAACGAGGGCAAACCAGCAAAGCCACCUGCAAAGAAACCCAAGGACUCAAAGAAACCUGAAGAUGACAAUGACCCCAUCGAUGCUCUUUCAGGCGAUUUUGACAGCUGCCCUGCACCCAAGGAAACGUCAAACACAGCUGAGGACAGAGUCAAGAGAACUGCUCCCAGCUCCAAAGCACCCAAGAAUGGAGGGAAAGCAAAGGAUUCUGCCAAGGCGAAGGAGGAAACUAAGAAGCUAAAAGCUGAUGAAAAAAAUACAAGUUAAAGUUUACACUAUUGGUAUCUGCCUAUAAAAUCUUCAGCUGGUGGAUGGUGACUUUUGAAGGACAAAGCUUUGAACAACAGCAGAUUUUUCUGGGUGGCUUCUAGACAGUGUUACUUGUCCAAUCUUGAUAUCCUAAAAAUUGGUUAUUCUUUUCCCAGAAAGAAAAUGAAUUUGUGUGGUUCAUCUGUGUUACUGUACUGAGGAUUGAUAAACUUUGAAUUUUUAAAAAAUGCCUUCAGUUGGGAGAGAUGGGAACUUUAUAUUUCUAUGAGAUAUAUUUGAUAGUUUCUUAAAGCAACACAUAAAAAAAGGAAAAACCUUUGCAAACUUUUGCACAUUCUACACACAGUGCCUGUAAAUCUCAUUAGUAUUUUCAGUUAGCACUUAAUUCUUUUGUUGUUGUUAGCAUUUGGAAAACAAUGCUUUGAAUGUGUCGAAUGUCCUGAUUUCUCAUGAUCCAUUUCCUCUUGGGCUUUGGAAUUGUACUUGAGAUUUCUUUGGGUUAAUGUUUAUAAGUCAAACCUAAAAUAUUGUACAUUGGGCACAUUAUCUCCUCUUGGGCUGCUAAUAAAUUAAUAGAUAACCUGGACAGACCAGGACAUACUGCCA